AUGAGAAUUAGAAUCUUUACAUAUUUAGCACUUCCAGCCAUUAUCUCUGCUGGUGAUGUUGAUGAGGAUGGAAUGGUUGACUUUGGGGGUGCAGGAUUUAAUCCCUUCGGCAGUAUGAUGCCUGAUCUCACGAGUUUAUACGGACUGCUGCUAAUUGGUUUAUCUGGUUUAACUGGAACUGGGGGCGGAACUGGGGGCGUCCAAAAUUCUGAUGGAUCUAUAACUUACCCAGAUGGAAGUUAUGUAUUGGCUGAUGGAAGUACCUACUGUGCUGACGGACAACCUACAUCAAGUGGUUGUGGAUCGUCUGGCAGCGGUACCUCUGGCAAUGACGACGAAGCAGCACAAGCUGAGGCCAAUAUUGAAUAUUAUAACACAGCUUAUGACGGUGCGCUAUCUGAAUAUUAUAAUGAUAUCGCAGCAUAUUACGAAACUUAUACCGGAACAGAUACUUCUUAUGCCGAAGCACGCUAUGAAGAGUUUGCAUCAACUUAUACCGGAACUGAGUUCAAUGAUGCUACGGGAGAGUAUACUGACACUUAUGCAGAAUUUUACAACACAGCUUAUGACGGUGAUGCAUCUGAGUAUUAUAAUGAAAUCGUAGCAUAUUACGAAACUUAUACUGGAACAGAUACAUCUUAUGCCGAAGCACGCUAUGAAGAGUUUCUAUCAACUUAUACCGGAACUGCCUUCAAUUCUGUUGAAGAAAUUGCUGAAAGCACUGGUGGUGCAGGUACAGCAAAUGCAGCUGCGACUUCUAAAGAUACUACGAUUGCACGAGCUACAACUGGAAGUACUUUAGAAACCAAGACCACAGGCACUGCGCUGAGCUCAGGUGCUAAGACUACUGGUUCAUCAGGUUCAUCGAGUUCAUCUGGCAGUUCUUCAGGCUCAGAUGCAAGUUCAUCUGCCAAUUCCUCCAGCGCUAAAGGCUCUGGUGCAAAAGUUUCUGCUGGACUUCCACUUGUAUUGGUCAUGUUGGCUGGUCUGUUUACCUUCUUAACUUGA